CCUCCCCUCCCCUCCUUCUCCUGCUUCCCUCUCUUCGUACUUUCUGUCUCGUUAUUAUCCGGACUCUUCUCGGCUUUAUUUGAUUGUCGUCUUCUCUUAAGGAAUGCCACAUUACUCUCUGUGUUGAUUCACUCGUCUAUCACAUGGAUCUUAAUAACUACAUGGAAAAUCUAAGUAUUAUAGCACGACUACUAUCUAUAGACUCAGAAGGUCCGCAUAGUAACCAGCAGACAGAACCUCUAUCCGGUAUUCUUACCUUCGGAUAAACACAGGUUGGAGCGGAUCCCUGGGCGAGGACCUCACUGUGCCCUUUGCACAUGGCCUCUGCGGCAGUUUCAAUCUCCUCUCCGCCUGGAUCUUUGGAGGCAAACCAGCCCGGGUUUAAGAAGGAUAUCCUCGGGGCGAAGUUAGAAGUGAAAUAUUUGUGCUCCGACUGCAAGAAUAUCCUCAGGAGGCCGUUCCAGGCGCAGUGCGGACAUCGCUUCUGCUCCUUCUGCCUGAGAAAGAUCAUAAGCUCCGGACCUCAGAAGUGCUCAGCCUGUAUCCAGGAAGGAAUAUUUGAAGAAGGAGUCUCCAUUUUGGAAAGCACCACAGCGUUUUCAGAUAACGCGGCGCGGCGGGAGGUGGAGAGUCUGCCCGCUGUCUGCUCCAACAGUGGCUGCACCUGGAGAGGGACCAUCAAGGAGUAUGAGACCCAACAUGAAGGAAAGUGCCCGUUCAUGCUGGUACCGUGCCCAUUGUGCAAGACGUUGAUCAAGGCGACCGACCGAGAGUGGCACAAUGAUCGUGAGUGCCCCGAGCGCAAACUGAACUGCAGAUACUGCAAACUCUCCUUCUACUUUCCAGAGAUUAAGGCUCAUGAUGAGAUCUGCCCCAAAUUCCCAAUGACUUGUGAAGGCUGCGGAAAAAAGAAGAUUCCUAGAGAAAAGUUCCAGGACCAUGUAAAAUCAUGCGGUCGGUGCAGAGUACCAUGCCGCUAUCUAGUUGCCGGCUGUACAGACAUGGUGGAAAAUGACAAAUACUUAGACCACGAGAUCAAGCAUGUGGCUGAACAUUUGGCUGAAGUUUGGGAGUUUAUACAACCACGUAGAAAUGAGCUGAACGAAGUCACUCACCGUAUGGGAAUGAUGUCCGUGCAGGGCAUCCCUGGCCCGCUCAGCAGCACGCCCUCCACAGCAGCAAUGGCGGCGGUUGAUCUCUCGAAGACCCCCGAUCUACUGCGCCUAUUCGAAGUGGUGGAUAAGAAGAGCACAGUCCUGGAGAAUAUCGUAUGUGUCCUGAAUAAAGAGGUGGAGAGAGCGAGCAUGGCCAUUGAGGAGGUGGUGAAACAGCGCCGGGUGGAUCAGGAGAAGAUCGACACCCUUAACGCAAAGGUAAGACAGCUGGAGCGCACAUUGGGUCAGAAGGAAGUGCAGCUGGCAGAACUGGAGACCCGGGUACAGGAGGCAGAACUCUCCACGUAUGAAGGGAUAUUUAUCUGGAAAAUUACGGAUUUUGCAAAGAAACGUCAGGAUGCCAUUGUUGGCCGAUGCCCAGCCAUGUUUUCUCCACCUUUUUACACCAACAAGUAUGGCUACAAGAUGUGCUUGCGGAUCUACCUGAAUGGAGACGGCACUGGGCGAGGAACACACCUAUCUCUUUUCUUUGUGGUAAUGAAGGGGCCGAGUGACGCUCUACUGCGGUGGCCAUUUAAUCAGAAGGUCACCUUGAUGUUAUUGGACCAAAACAACCGAGAGCACAUCAUAGACGCCUUCCGGCCGGACGUCUCCUCCUCGUCUUUCCAGAGGCCAGUAAGCGAGAUGAACAUCGCCAGCGGGUGCCCGCUCUUCUGUCCCCUCUCCAAGCUUGAAGGCAAAAAUUCCUAUAUCCGGGAAGAUACCAUUUUCAUAAAAGCCAUUGUAGAUCUCACCGGUCUUUAGAGCAAGAAGAAAUCCCACUGCGAUUGGGAUUACUCCUUUUUUGUGUCUUCUCCAAAGAGCAAAGUACAUAGAGCAGAAUGUAGGCGAGAAAACGAUGUCCUCCUGGUGCUUGUGUCCUCUGCAUACAAGGGAUCAGUAUUACAGGCCUCACAUUUAUGUUCUUAAGUUAUAUAUGGGGGAUUUGGCACGGAGAGCAAAUCCUACACAAUCCUUCUUCUGUGGCAUCUGCGAUCUGUAGUGAUUCCUUGUAACCAUUUAUCCCUGGAGUACAGGUAAUCUUAUUCUAGUCUCUAUAGACUCCCCUCCAGCGAUCGUCUAGGCCUCGGGACGCUUUCACGAUGUGUUUGCAGUGUACGUUGCUAUAGGAGUCCUAUAGCAGCAUCUGUAGCCCAUAGGCUCCCAUGCAUAGCAGGACACUAUUGGCCUCCAUCGGGGUGAUUGGGGCCUAUGGAUAUGUUUGCUAUAUGCAUCGGGAAAUUAAAGGGGUACUCCG